AUGUUUUCCCUUCUUCAAGGCACACACACUCCCUCUUCAGUCCACGCCUCACCCAGCGGCAGUCCACCCUCGUCCACCGCAAUGGAAUCUCAAACCCAACAUGUCCCUCAACCUACCCGACCACGAAGACGCAUCGUCGUAGCUAUGACAGGCGCCACUGGCGCAAUCCUCGGCAUAAAAGUCCUUAUCGCCCUGCGCCGCCUCAAUAUCGAAACCCACCUGGUCAUGAGCAAGUGGGCCGAAGCUACAAUCAAAUACGAAACGGAUUACCACCCAUCCAACGUCAAGGCGCUGGCCGACCACGUGCACAACAUCAACGACAUGGCCGCGCCGAUAUCAAGUGGUUCAUUCAAGGCUGAUGGUAUGAUCGUGGUACCAUGUAGUAUGAAGACACUUGCUGCGAUCCACAGUGGGUUCUGCGAUGACCUGAUUUCACGAACCGCGGACGUGAUGCUCAAGGAGCGCAGAAAGCUCGUUCUUGUCGCGAGAGAAACACCCCUGAGUGACAUCCAUUUGAGGAACAUGCUGGAGGUAUCACGUGCGGGCGCUGUCAUCUUCCCGCCUGUGCCGGCUUAUUACAUCCGGGCUGCCUCUGUCGAGGACUUGGUUGAUCAGAGUGUUGGUCGCAUGCUUGAUUUGUUUGAUUUGGAUACGGGGGAUUUCUCCCGGUGGGAAGGCUGGGAGAAAUAA